AGGAUCUCAAAUUCCACUUAAAGAUUGAGUUGGAGGAGGAGUGAUUGAUAUGGGCAGUGGCGAGGAGCACUGGACGGUGAUCCAAGACAUCAGUCGAGCUCAGGAGCUGACGGGCCAGCUUCAGGCCGUGCUGCUGCCGUUGCUUCCAGACGCCGGCGGCUGGUCGGAGUUGGCAAGAGACCACAUGAGGGAGAUGAUCAGAUGCUACGCCUCCGCCCUCGACAGGCUCAGGACUUGCGGCUCUCCGGAGUCUCAGUUCGACAUCGACGCCUAUAAGAACGAUCGGAGUCGGAGCUCCGACGAGAAGUGUAGGAAGAAGCAGCUGAAGCUGGAGGGUGGCUAUAAAAGCUGGCCCCCUAGAGAUACCAAAAGAAGGUUUAAACAGGAUGAUUCUUAUUCGAUAGUUACAUCAAUCCCCUAUGAAGAUGGACAUCAAUGGAGGAAAUAUGGGCAGAAACCCAUCCAAGGCUCCAAACAUCAAAGGAGCUACUUCAGAUGCACAUAUAGCAAAGAACAAGGUUGCCGUGCAAGGAAGACGGUGCAACAAGAAGAUACUAAUGUGUAUCCCCCAAAGUAUCGAGUAGUUUAUGCGAUGUCGCACACCUGCAGUUGUAGCAGUACUUCAGUGAUCAGCUUGCCCAUCUUUGUGUUGGAUUCAGUACUUCCCAACAAUAACUCGCUACCUCUUCUUGAUACCUCUUCCGACAUCAAUAAUAUUGUCCAGCACCAGCAACAUGCAGGUGACCUUUGUGUUCCUCCUAAAAGCGAACUUGUGGGGGGGAUCAUGCAUCCUUCAACCUCCGAAGCGAUAACAGAUGACGAAACAAAUGCAGAUGCAGAUGCGAUGGUGUUGAAAUUACUGAUAUCACCUGAAUUGGAUGCAUUUUAUGAGGCAAUUAUGGAUAACAUACAUGCUUCAGGAGGAUGACAAGAAGCAAGUUUAAUUUUCAAGUUAAUUAUUCAAAGGGCAAGUCUAGUCACCUCAUAAAAAUGAGUGCUAUGUGUGUACACUAUGUUAAAAUUAGUAAUAGACUUCAGAUAUUAUCAAAAGUAAUAGGAGAUAAU